AUGCCAAAAAGAAAGGAUCCAUACAAGACACUUGGAGUAAAGUGGACAUCCUCUGGGACAGAAACAAAAGAGGCAUACAGGAGAUUACAAAGGCUGUACCAUCCUGACAGCAAGACGGGAAAUAAAGAAAAAUAUGAAGAGGUAUGCAAAGCAUAUGAAGAGACUCUCAAGGAUCCACCUGUAGAGAUUGUUCCUAUUAAAGAUGUAGCGAGAAUCUACAAGGGCUCACAAGAGGAGGUUGGAGAUAUCAUUGCGUUGUACAACAAAUACAAAGGGAAGAUGGGAAAGAUUGUAGACAACCUUCUUCUGUCUGACGAUGGGGAUGAAGAGAGACUUCGAGGGAUUAUUGAUGAACUGAUUGGGAACAGGACUCUCAAACAGUACUGUAGCUAUAGCAAAAAGGUCAAGGAAGACCCGAAAAGAAGAAGAAGAAAAGCAGAAGAAGAGAGAAUGGCUAGGCAGAUUGCAGAGGAAAUGGGGAUUGAUCUCGAUGCUCCAUUAGAAGAUAUCCUUGGAGGACAUAGAAGAAGGGAAGAAAGGCUUCUUAUCAGUCUUGAGGAAAGGUGUUUGGAGGGUCCUGGAAAAGAAGGAAGAUAG